AUGUCGGCGAUGGAGUCUGCGAUACCGCAGCAGGAGACGCCCGCGCCAGAUGCUCUCGACGUUAAACCGUCAUCAACAGCUUCAAUAGACCCCACAAGAUCGGAAGAGGCGAAACCCUCCCCAGUUCCCACCAAAACGCAAAUCCUCAAGCAGGCGGCCCUGUCGCCUCUGUCCCUCCUAUCUCUCCUUCCGAUCCCGUCGCCCCAACAGCUGCUCCUACACACCCUCUCACUUGGCCCCAUUCCGCGGCACAUCGCCUUCGUCAUGGACGGCAACCGCCGCUGGGCGCGCACCUCGCAUCACACCAUCCAGCACGGCCACCUCACAGGCUUUGCGACGCUCAAAUCCGUCCUCGAGGUCUGUCUCAACCUGCGCGGGCUCGACACGGUCACCGUGUAUGCGUUUGCGAUCAACAACUUCGGGCGCAGCGAGAGCGAGGUGAACGCGUUGAUGGAGAUUGCAAAGACGCGCUUGAUCGAGCUGGCCGGGCAUGGCGAGCUGAUUGCGAGGUACUCCGUGAGAGUGAGAAUAGUAGGGAGGAAAGAGCUGCUCCCCGCAGAUGUAAGGGAGGCGGUCGAGAGGGUAGAGCAUAUGACAAAGGACAACACAAAGGCGACACUCAACAUCUGCAUGCCGUACGCGAGCAGGGACGAGAUCGCCGGCGCAGCCAGGACGUGUCUCGACCGCAAACUGCGGGACGUCGAGCGAGCUGCCGUGGCGGAAAAGGCGGGGCAGAUCGCAUCCAACGAACAAGCGGACAUGGAUCACAUCCUGGACAAGAUCGACUUCGAUAUCACACCCGACGACCUCUCCGACCACAUGCAGCUCGCCCACUCGCCGCCACUCGACAUCCUCGUCCGCACCUCGGGCGUCUCCCGCCUGAGCGACUUCAUGCUCUGGCAGUGCACCGAGGCCACCCACAUGCACUUUGUCGACAAGUUCUGGCCGCAAUUCGGCCUGCUCGACUUGGUGCCCAUCAUUCUCGACUGGCAGCGCCAUCAGUGGAGUGUCUCGCUUCGCAAGUCGUGCGGCUGGGAUUGA